AUAGGUUGGUAGUUCUGAAUUUUCCAAGUCAGUCUAGCUCGAACACUACAGCCAGGCGGAAUUAUCGGCUAUCCAUAAAAUGUUUAUUGUGAUGUUCGAAAUGCUACACAUUCGAGAUUUUUCAUUAAAUUGGUGAAUCUCAAGGAUCAAUUAUCAUCGUUGAAGUGUUGACUACCAAGGAAAUAUUUUGCUUACAAGUUGCCGAGGAGGAGGUACGAGCUAUACAGAGGAUGAUCAAACAUAUUCCAGCUCAACUUGCCCGGCGCUUCUUCUGCAUUGCGCGAUGCAAUUUCUUAAUGGUCUCACAGUAAACAUGUGCGUUGAUUGUUUGGCGUCGAGUUGACUCAGAGUAACUUCCGCGAAUGCUGGUAACUGCUGCUGAUAGUAGCUAAGGGGAUGAUGAUGAAGAGGGGAUGUAUUCCCAAUCCGAUUAUUGAAAAGAAUAAGAGAAUGGGGGACACGGUGUGAUGGAUGUCGGCGCCGUCGUGGUCUUGGGGAAUGGAUAAUGAACAACCCCACCAGGAGUUAGUCAAAUGUGUGGUGGUUGGCGAUACAGCCGUCGGUAAAACUCGACUAAUUUGCGCUCGUGCUUGCAACAAACAAGUUUCUUUGGCUCAAUUAUUAGCUACUCACGUACCCACAGUAUGGGCUAUCGAUCAAUAUCGGAUCUACAAGGACGUUUUGGAGAGAUCAUGGGAAGUAGUGGACAGCGUCAACGUCAGUUUGAGGUUGUGGGAUACUUUCGGAGAUCACGAAAAAGACAGAAGAUUUGCGUACGGGAGAUCAGACGUGGUACUAUUAUGCUUCAGCAUCAACAGUCCCAUAUCCCUGAGGAAUUGUCGAUUGAUGUGGUAUCCGGAAAUUCGUCGUUUUUGUCCCAGUACUCCCGUCAUUUUAGUAGGAUGCAAGAGCGACUUGCGGUACAUGUACCGCGACGAAGCGUAUCUGAGUUAUUUCAGAGACCGCAGUCCAUUCGUACGGGCGACACGAAAAAGCGAUCUGGUGAUGCCGGACGAAGCUCGAGACGUCGCCAGAGAGCUCGGUCUCUAUUAUUACGAAACUUCGGUACUUACUUAUUACGGAGUUAACGAAGUAUUCGAAAACGCUAUAAGAGCCGCUCUCAUCGCCAGAAGAGCGCAACGGUUUUGGAUGACAAAUUUGAAGAAAGUGCAAAGGCCGUUAUUACAGGCACCGUUUAAACCACCUCCUCCUUUAAAACCCGAAAUUCAUAUCGCUCCAGGAUCUUACGGAGAUCACUUGCAACAUCUUUGGUUAAGUAGGAUUCACACCGAUGUCGUAUUAGUAGUAGGAUCCAUGGGAUUCCCAGCGCAUCGUUUUAUUCUGGCAGCGUGUAGUAGAGCUUUCUAUAGACUUUUGACGGCGGAUUUACUGGCUCGUAGCACUAGCGAUUCCAGCAUGGUUAGUUCCUUAGGUGAUUUCGCAGAUGAAACCGAAUGCCUCGUCAGGGCUGAACAGAAAACGUGCAAGAGAAGAGCUAGUUGUCAAGCUUUACCUACUGCCAGAGAAUUAGACCAUCCAGCAUUUCAAUGCAUCAGGAACGUUCAACCAGAAGGACAGACGGUUGUUACUUUAAGUAAACUAGUAACUCCUGAUGCGAUGCAUCAAUGUCUUCAGUUCGCUUAUACUGGCACGGUAGACAGGAGCGCUUUGAAUUUACGGGAAACAAGGGAAGCGGCCGAAUUUCUCGAACUGCCUCAACUGUUGGUUCUACUAACCAAACACCCGUUCGUAGCGCCCGAUCCUCCCGACGAAAGCUACGAGAAUUUUCUCAAAAGAAGAUUACAGGACAUCUGUUUGGAUCAAGGGGUUUUCGCCGACGUCAUAUUCGAAUUAGACGAUGGCGUAUGCACCGCUCACAAAGCUAUGUUGGCUGCCAGAUGCGACGUGAUGAAAGCAAUGUUCAGAGGAGAUUUUAGAGAGAGCCAAGCUAAAGUGAUCGAAUUUCCAGGAGUUAGAGAAUACACGUUCCACAAAUUACUUUGUUUUCUAUACACGGACGAAGUACCAGAAGUAUCAGCCGUUCGAUGCGUCAAUUUACUAGAACUAGCGAACAGAUUAUGCCUACCAAGGAUGGUAAAUUUGGUAGAAAAGAGAGUUAUAGAGGAUUUGGAAACGUUACAACCGUCUGAGGCGAUCGAACAAUGUUUAAGACUGUUAGAACCGGUUAAGUUGCAUAAUGGACAUCAGCUAGCAGAUUGGUGCAUGAACCACUUAUGCAUUAAUUACAACAAGUUAUGCAGGAUGUCCCCUCGAAGUUUACGUCUAUUACACCCCGAUAACCAGGCUUAUUUGAUAGAACAUCGUUGGCCGCCGGUUUGGUAUCUUAAAGACUAUGAUUACUACCAAAAAUGUUUGGCGGAACGCGAUAAAGAACUGAAACCGGCCAGUAAUACGAGUUCGAGUUGUUUGUGUUUUUCUCGUAAAUCAGAGUCGGACCCGGCGUUAUCCUCGAGCCAACUCUGACCUUGACUGUCGCUAGAACUAUUCAAAACUCGUAUGUUACUACAAGAAAGUUGGAUUAAAUUGAGCAAUAUUUUUUCGGAGCAUUAUGCAGACAUUUUUAAACUACUCGUUUCAAGUUUUAUACUUACGAAAACCGAGAAACAAAUAACUUUUUUGUAGUAAUAUAAUCAAUCGUAUCUAAUAAGUCUAAUAAGAUAAGGAUGUGCAGGUAUGCCGUAGAAUAUUUGCUCCAAUAUAAAUAUCGAGUGGUAUGAUAAAAAUGUAUUUUUUUCAAAAAUUCCUACAUUUUUUAAAAUCAACUCUCAAUUUUAUGUAAAUCGUACUAAAGAGAUUUAAUGACAUGGGGCAAAAUUAAUAUAAAGUAGAAAUGUAGGGGGUCUUCCAUCACGUGACGUACUACAAGACAUACGUAAUAGUUUCUUUGGAAUGAAAAUUACAAUGUUUAUUUCACUACUUAUUAGUGGUAAAUAGUGUUAAUCAUUUUAAUUUCUUUAGGAUGGUAAUAUAUUUAAUGAAACGCCGAUUUUCAAGCUGUUUAGAAAAUUUUCUAUUUAAGACCUACAGCCUAUCCCAAAAAUACGUUCUAAUUUGAAUCAGUUUCAUUUUGAUUUAGUUGGUAAACUUUUAUGAACUAUGUAAAUAUAUAAAAUCCAAGUAAUCCUGCAAAAAAUCAGAUCUCCAAUAUUACCAGGAGGGCUAAUAAUAAUUUUGGAUUUUGUAACUUAUCCUCUCAGAAUAUCGAUAUUUUUAUUAAAAGUGUUUUGUUAUAUAUGUCAUGUUAACCGAAUAAUUGAAAAAGAUAAAUUUCUUUUUUAAUUAUGAAUUAAUAAAAAGUCUGCCUUCGGAAUAUUAGAUUAUUUCUAUUGAUUCGACAGAAAUUUUGAUUUUAUUCAUAGUUGCUGACUUAUUAGUCACAUGAUGGAAGACCUCCACCAUUUCUACUUUAUAAACUAUAUUUUUUUUAUAUAUUUAUUUAUAGAAAUUAAAAAUAUACAUACUUCAGUUAUACUGUACAAUGAGUAUUACUGUUGCUACGUUUUUUACAUAAAAAUUCUAGAAAUUGUUACUUCUUACUCUGAUUAUUUCUUAUAAAUCUCCAUUUUGACACUAUUUUUUAUCAUUACAUAAUCAAAUAGGAUUGUAUUAAAAUAAACAUACUGUAAUUCAGUUCUUAAUUUCGUAUUGGGAAUAUAUUUUAAAAUAAUUGAAGUAUAGUUGUCAAUUAUAGGUUAAAAUAAUCAUAUUUUUGCUUUCCUUGUGAAUAAAAAGCAGUCAUCCCUUAUAAUUGAUCAAUAAUUUAAUUAAACAACAUAUUUUAAACAUACCACUCAAGAAUGCACAUUACAAUUAUAAGUAUUUUCUCUCUUAUAAAAAACUAGACUGACCUGUCUUCAACUAUUUUCUUUAUAUACCUAGUUGUUCUUAAAGUCAAUUUAUGAUUAAUUAAUAUAAAGUAAGAACAUGAUAUAUCUCUAAGAAAAACCCAAAAACGAGUACAAACUAUUUGAGUUUGUUGUUUUUCUAAAUACAAUUUUCUAAUAAUAAUAUUCAUUGAUACUACAUCUGAUUCACAUUAAAUCCAUUAAAUAAAGAAAGCUUACCUUUCUCCAGUUUAUUUAUCUUUUUUCAUAUCUUAUUUAUUUUGAGGAUGUGGACACAAAAAUACAUGUGAGGUGUAAUUAAUUGUUAGUUUUUGAAAUAUUUGUAACAGAAAAAUUUAACCUAAUGUUAUACAACAAUAUUAUUAUUUAUCGUCUUCUUUUUUAUUAGAUCAUAGAAUUUUACGGAGCAAUAAUCAUAUUUAGAGAACUUGAAUAACGAGAAAAUAGUUCUUGGGGUAAAAAUUGCAAAACCAACUUUUAUUAAUACCCCUUCCCUUUUGUAUCGACAUAGAUAUGUCUGUCUAGUUUUCAAUAACUUCUUAUUACACAAUAUAAUAAGACUAUUUGUUCAUGUUUUUUACAGUGUACUUUCUAUUUCAGUGAAUAUUGAAUUCAUAUUACUUUUGAAUAAAGGGUGAUUCAGUCUGAUAAUGUUAUAUAAUAAGAUUGAGAAUAAAUUUAUAUUCAUCUAAAAUUCAUAUUUAUACAGGAAAAACUUGAAACAUUCUUUAUACCAGAAGUAAAGUAAACUUUGCGAAAAUGAUGUUAUUGUAGAUAAUACUGGUUCUAGAAUAGGAACUUUAGAAUUAAUUAGAAUAUCUACAGUAAAACAAUAAAAUAAAAAGCAUUAUCUACCUUAACAUCAUAUUUUAUUUAUUUGAUAGAAAGACAAUUGUGGAAUAUUGGAUUUGUGUCAUUAAAAAAUACAUAGGUCGUUUGUAACUGUAUAGCUAUAAAAAAAUGGUGAAAUUGACAAUUUUUAUAAAAAAGAAGAAACUGGAAACAGUAGAGUUGUGAUUCCCAUUAAUUGCAAUAAGGUAUUUAUCAAUUAAACGAUGAAAAAAUGGUAUAAAUAUCUAACUGGAUUAUGAAACUAUUCAAAUUUAUCUGUAUUAGAACUUAGAAGCUAGCGAGUUACAAUUAUUUGUGAUUUUUAAUGACACAUUAAUAUAUUUUCUGAGUAGAGGACACUUUGGUUGAAAACAUGUAAGUUGAAGUCAAUUGGAAAAUCUACUGUUAGAAACUAUUUUAAGCUAUUUUUCUAUAACAUAAUCCUUCGAUCCUUUUUUGACAAAUCUAUGAUAACAAUUUUUAAUUGUAGAAUACUUUUAGUUUUCAAAUAAACCAAUUUAAUUAUUCAUUAUAUAAAAAAUUCAUUCUUUUUUGUAUUGUUUAUUCAUUUCAAUCUUCAAUAUUGAACAAUACUCGUGCAAUAAGCACAAUUUCCGCCACUUUUUGAUCUAUUAUACAUCUUUGUUUGCAAUAUUCUUAUUGAAAAUAUAAUCAUUGGUGUGUAAUGAAGAAUUUGACACAGUGUGGGUGCCACAUGUUUUUGUAUACCCUCCUGUGUAUAGAAACAUACUUUCACAUUGUUAUUGCUGUUGUACCUUUGGAGUCCCAAAAUGUAACAUUCAGAUAUGAUUUUUUUAAUACCUUAUCACAUGUCAUGUUAAUGGAGAAGAUUUUGAACCACAAGAAUUUAUUUUAAAACUUGUGUUACAAGAAGCAUCAUCACGAUACCUCUUUAUUUUUUUAUGCUUGUGACAUGCACAAUAUUACUCAAGUUCUAUCGACAUUUUCAUAGAUUAUUGCAUAUGAAGAUAGUUAAUUUUGUACUUCAUCCUCAAUCGACCCCAUUCCUUUUAAAAAUGCUUUAAACCAACUAAAAGCUUGUACCCCUUGUAAAAGGAUGUUGAGAAAGCUAGGUUGGAGCUGUAUAGAGGAUAACUGAAAAAUUUCCAGAUAAAAUCCUGUCAUUAAAGAAAACCAACAUUGAGUUGUUUCUUUGAUUUUCCGAUCAUUUUCUUUUUGAAAUUUUAUAAAUAUAUCUCGUACUUUUGGUAAAUUAAGAGAAUCGGUUAUUGUUUUAGUGGUUAAAUUUAGUAAUUAGAAACAUAUCAACUGAGAUUUGUAAAAAGGAUCUUAGUAUCAGUAUUAAAAAAAUGUUUCUUUAAAUGGAAUUAUCAAAAAUUUUAUUUUGGUUUCCACAACUUUAUAAUUGUUAGAAGAUAGAUAAUCUACACGUAUUCCGAAAACACAUUUACCUAAUCAACAAUCAUGUAUGUGUGCAAUAAUUUGCUAUUCUAAUAAACAUUUUUAAUAAAA